CGCAUACUUUAAUUUGAGGAUUUCAUCAUUUAUGAGUUUAUAAAUUAAUAAAGUUAGAUAGGUUAAGAGACUGUUUGAUACAUCUUAUUACAGGAUAAAAUACUUUCAUACGAUACUGAAAUGGUACCCAAUGAAGAGCUGGUUAUGUUGUUUGGUGUAGUCAUGAUAGCGUCCGUUGUCGGGAGGGACGUGCACAACUUUUAUGGUAACAGGUUUUCAACGACUGAGAGCGAUUCGAUCAUUAAUAGGAUGGUAUCCUUGCAAAAGAGAUCACAACGAGGGCGAAUAGACAGACACCGUUUCUUCCACUUUGGACUAGGAAAAAGAGCUGAUCAAGAGAGGGCUUUGAUUGACGGAUUUGUCUCAGCAGGCAACAGAAUAGUCCGCAAAAGCAGUUUGUAUAAAACGUUGCAAAUGUAUAAUGAUGAAACAAACAAAAGAGACCCAGAAAUGUUUUCUGAAGAACUGUAUCCUUUACAAGCGGGCAAGCAAAAACUGGAAGCUUAUUUGGACUCUGCACUUAAAGAUUCCGAAGAAACAACGGAUGCGAUUAUGGAAAGUGCCGUUCAAACUGAGGACACCAAUGAAGAGAUAGCUGAUCAAAACAAUGACAACAACAAUAAUGUGAAACAGCUCGAUGAACGCCCAUUCGAUCUUACAUUUGCUUCUCCAGACCUUGACUUUGGUCGCUAUGGUUACAACAAAGGACAAAUGCAAGAUGACGUCGCAGGUAAAACUAUUGGCUUAGGACUUCAAAAACGGUGGUGGGCAUCUGAAAGAUUAAACCAGUUCCGAUUAGCGAAAUCAUCACGAUGGUCGCCUAGCAAAGGGCUGCACUCACGACGAAUUGACCCAGUUCUAUUUUUUAUUGGUCUAGGGAAAUAAUUAAAAAAUUGUUAGUUGUUAUAAUUUAACACCAUUAUGCAUAUACAAAUGUUGGAUGAUUGCCGAAAUGGCUGUUUGCGUCGAGGAACUCGACACAUUGUUCUUAUAUC